CUCGAAUCGUUCUAUUCUCCGCAACACAUUCAACAAACAAUAAUAAUGAAAUGAGCAGACUUCUUUUGCACGGUUGUAAAUCAACUCUUCCUAGAACACUUUCACGAAACCUGAAGCACCUCGGUCUCAAGCCUACUAUCAACCAAACACGCAAAAUGGCUUUCUUCCCGCGAAGCCUCUACGACUCCGAUACCUCUUUCACUCCAUUCUUCCGUCUUUUAGACGACUUUGAUAACUACUCUCGCCAGAGAGUAAGCGGCCGUCGCACUGGUACGCCCAGCUGGCAGCCCAAAUUCGACGUCCGUGAGACCGGGGAAGCAUAUGAGCUUCAUGGCGAGCUCCCUGGCAUCAACAAGGAGGAUGUCCACAUCGAGUUCACCGAGCCCCAGUCUAUGCUCAUCAGUGGCAGGACUGAGCGCACCUACACUGUCGGUACUCCUCCUGCAGGCCUCAUCGAGGGCACUAGCAGGGGCGGUGCCAUUAUCGAGGGUGGCGACGAGAGCAAGAAGGCCAGUGCGGGGGAAGAAAAGUCCGCCUCACGUGAUGCCGGCACUGAGACUACUGAGAAGGAAAUGCCCGAGACCAAGAAGUCUGACAAGGCCAAGUACUGGCUCUCGGAGCGCAGCGUCGGCGAGUUUUCUCGCAGCUUCAACUUCCCGACUCAGGUCGAUCAGGACUCGGUGACUGCAAACUUCAAGGACGGCAUCCUCAAUAUUCUGGUCCCCAAGGUUAAGAAGCACGAGUCAAAACGUAUCGCUAUCAGUUAAGCAAUCAACGACAGCUACUAAGUCAUGACAGCUUUGCGCUAUUUGUCUUCUGGGGAUCAAGAAUGUUAACAAGUCAGGUUUCUAUCACAGACUGGUCUUUACUGGUUGUUUAAGGAAGGGAAGAGGAAAUAUGGACGGCCACAUAGCCACAUUGAGAAGUGCAUUACCGUACAAACUCAUGAAAUUGGGUAGCUCGGUGGGUCCGUAGAGGCUGCAUGGCGCUAAAGUUCCCAACUACAUAUAAGCCUUAGUUAGCACCAAAUUUCAAACUUGACCUCCC